CCCGUCCGGGCCCCGGGGGGACCCCAGCAUGUGAAGCCCCCUCCUCGGGGGGCGACAGACAGACAGACCAGACAGACAGACCGACAGACAGACCGACAGACAGACCGACAGCCAGCCGGGCCCGGACGGGGUCCCCGAGCCCCCCGCCCCGCCCCCCGGCUCCUCCCGGCCGGCCGGGGGCCAACGAUGCUGGCGGGCGGCCCCGACGGGCUGCUGAUGAUGCUCCGAAGGUGCCUCGUCCACCUCAGACCCUUCAGGCUGUUCAUCUUGGGCAUUGGCUUCUUCACGCUCUGCUUCCUGAUGACGUCCUUGGGGGGCCAGUUCUCUUCCCGGCGCCCGGGGGACUCGCCCUUCACCAUCCGCACGGAAGUGAUGGGUGCCCUGGAGUCCCGAGGCGUCCUACGCAAAAUGAGCGAUCUGCUGGAGCUGAUGGUGAAACGCAUGGAUGCGCUGGCCCGCCUAGAGAAUGGCAGCGAGCUGCGCAGGGCCGGAGACGGACACUUUUCCACCCACAGGCUCCCGCCCACGGCCGGCCUGAUGGAACGGCUCCAGGCCAUCGCCCAGAACGUGUCCGACAUCGCGGUGAAGGUGGACCAGAUCCUGCGCACCAGCCUCUUGCAAGCCAAAGGGCUCGAGAGCCGACGGGACCAGUGCGAAGUGCCCAAUGACCCCAAGUUCCCCGACUGCUCGGGAAAGGUGGAGUGGAUGCGUGCCCGCUGGACCUCCGACCCCUGCUACGCCUUCUUCGGCGUGGAUGGCACCGAGUGUUCCUUCCUCAUCUACCUCAGCGAGGUCGAGUGGUUCUGCCCGCCGAUGCCCUGGAGGAACCGCUCAGUGGGGGCCCGGCCCUCUCUCCAACCCCUCCCCAAAGUCCAGGCCACUUUCCGGAGCAACCUGUCCGUCCUCCUGGACCUGAUGGGCAGCGGGAAGGAGUCCCUGACGUUCAUGAAGAACAGGGCCAAGCGGCUAGCGGCCCAGUGGGCCCGGGCCGCCCAGCGCCUGGAGCGGAAGUUGACCGACCCCCGGCCUGGCCAGAAGCAGAUCCUCGUUCACAUCGGCUUCCUGACGGAGGAGUCGGGGGACGUGUUCAGCCCGCGGGUGCUCAAGGGGGGGCCCCUGGGAGAGAUGGUGCAGUGGGCGGAUAUCUUGGCCGCCCUCUUUGUCCUGGGCCACGGCCUCAAGGUCACUGUCUCUCUGAAGGAACUGCAGAGUAACCUAGGGGUGCCGCCGGGCCGGGGGAACUGCCCCCUCACCGCCCCCCUGCCCUUUGACCUCAUCUACACCGACUACCAUGGCCUGCAGCAGAUGAAGCAGCAGAUGGGGCUCUCCUUCAAGAAGUACAGGUGCCGGGUCCGAGUCAUCGACACCUUCGGCACGGAACCAGCGUACAACCACGAAGAGUACGCCACCCUGCACGGCUACCGGACCAACUGGGGGUACUGGAACCUGAACCCCAAGCAGUUCAUGACCAUGUUCCCGCAUACCCCAGAUAACUCCUUCAUGGGCUUCGUGUCAGAGGAACUGAAUGCGACGGAGAGGCAGCUCAUCAAGGACAACAAGUCCAGGAACAUGGCGGUUGUGUAUGGCAAGGAGGCCAACAUCUGGAAGCUGCAGGGGAAGGAGAAGUUCCUGAGCAUCCUGAACAAGUACAUGGAGAUCCACGGCACGGUGUACUACGAGACGCAGCGCCCGCCCGAGGUCCCCGCCUUCGUGAAGAAUCACGGCCUGCUGCCUCAGCAGGAGUUCCAGCAGCUGCUGCGCAAAGCCAAGCUCUUCAUCGGCUUUGGAUUCCCCUACGAGGGUCCCGCCCCGCUGGAGGCCAUCGCCAACGGUUGCGUCUUCCUGCAGUCCCGCUUCAGGCCCCCGCACAGCUCCCUCAACCAUGAGUUCUUCCGGGGCAAGCCCACCUCCAGGGAGGUGUUCUCCCAGCAUCCGUACGCUGAGAAUUUCAUCGGGAAGCCCCACGUCUGGACCGUGGACUACAACAAUUCACAGGAGUUCGAAGCCGCCAUCAAGGCCAUCAUGAGGAUGCAGGUAGACCCCUACCUGCCGUAUGAGUACACCUGCGAGGGGAUGCUGGAGCGGAUUCACGCCUACCUCCAGCACCAGGAUUUCUGUGAGGCCACGGGAGCCCCACUUUCGGCCGCCCCCGCACCGGCCCGCCCCCCGCCGGGCCCCUUUGCCCUGGUGGCCAGUGCCACACACCUGGAGUGGCCCCCCAACGCCAGCGGCCCGGACGUCCCCGCCUGGCCCCCGGCACGCUGCCUGCAGGGCUGGUUGUCCGGCCCGGGGCAGGCCUGCACAGACCUCUGCCUGCAGCACGGCCUGAUGUGCGAGCCCGCAUUCUUCCGCUUCCUCAACACCAGGGAGGCAUUUCUGCAGUUGAACGUGGACUGCGCCAGCACCGAGUCGGAGAUGAACCACCUGUACCCGGCGUUCGCCGCCCCCAGCGCUGCCCCCGAGCCGGGCCACGAGUGCUUCCUGCAGCAGGAGCCGCUGCUCUUCAGCUGCGCGGGCGCCAGCCCCAAAUACCACCGGCUCUGCCCAUGCCGUGACUUCCGCAGGGGGCAGGUGGCCCUGUGCCAGGACUGCUUGUGAUGCCCCGUGAGGGGGCUGUGCUCUGGGACCCCCCCCCACCCCUUCCUGCCACCCCCUUCCCUGCCGCAGGACCCUGGGUGCCUCCUCUUAUUGGAACUGUGACCCCCCUCUCCCGGUCUUCUGUCCCACCCUCCUCUCCUGCCCCUGCCCCAGGAAAAGCCCUAGCACCCACCCGCAGGGCCACCUGGCCCGGGCCUGGCCAAGGGAUGCAGUGUGGGCGGCCUCAGAGGAGGAAAUAAUAAUAAUAAUGAUGUUUUAUUUAUUAAGCGUUUACUAUGUGCCAAGCACAGGGGUAGAUACAAGAUGAUCAGUUCGGACACGGUCCCUGGACUACCCGAGACUCAUGGUCUAAGAGGGAGGGAGAAGAGUUAUCUCUAUCCCCAUUUUACAGAGGAGGAAACUGAGGCCCAGAGAGAUGAAGUGACUGGCCUAAGGUCACUAAUCAGGGCAUGGACAGUGUUGGCAAUAGACCUUGGAUUUCCUGACUCUCGGUUCUGACUCUUUCUGCAGGGCCACCCCUUCCCUGCCCUGGGCACAGGUGACCCUGGCAUGGAGCCAGAAUGUCUAUGAGGUGGAGGCAGGGUGUAGGGGGAAGAGACUAUUUCCGGGGCCCCACACUGAGCCCCUCCUGUGAGGUCAUAGCUGAGAGGGAACCGUAGGGCCGGGUUUGGGCCUGCUGCCCCAUUGGCAGAGCGCCUGAGGCUGGGCCAUCUGGGAGACCGGGCAGGGCGGUAAGGGAGCCCUGGGGUGUCUACACCUACCUGCCCCCUCUGAAGAUCCUGGCCUUUGACCUUGUGGCUGCCCCCUACCCUCAUUCAACUCUCCCAACCCCUCCUGGUCCCUGGAAGAGGUGAGGGGGCCGGGGCCGGGCAGGAGGAGAACGAGAACACUGACUCCCCCUUCCCAGUUCUGCUCCUCUCACCCCGGCCUUCCCGUUCCCUCCGGGGCCAGGCUGUCUGUGGCCAGACUCACCGGGGCCAAGCCCACCGGGCUCCAGGCCGGGGCUCUGACUCCUGAAACCUUUGCUUUUCCAGCCUCUUCCCAUCGGGGGAGCGAUCGUGGUGCUGCUGUUUGGGGGCCAAUGUGGGGUUCUCACUAUUGCAGCCAGGGUGGGGGCUGAGGAGCCCACCUCCUCUCCUUUCCUUGCUCACCUUCCUCCUGCCCCCCAACUGCUGGAUUGUGCACACACAUACACACACACGCACACAUCCCAUCCCCUCUGCAGAUGGCCCAGGGUGGGGGGGUCCUUCCCUUUCACAGCAGAAACCCCCCUCUCUGUGCCCUACUUCCCCAAGCCCCCACCACCCCUAUAGCAUGCCUCUAUGACCUUAAUAGUAAAGUCACAUCUCCUGUUCUUCCCAAACUUGCCCCCCACCUCACCCCAAGAAGAGGCCCAGUCCCCGGCACAAGUUGUGACAGGAUCCAGGCACCUAGACACACGGACAGCCUCGGUCUGGUUUUACUGUUCCUCCCCACCCCGCUCGGCCUGCCCUCUCCUGCCAUGCCCGGCCCCUCGGUGCCCGUGGCUUGUGGUUGGGGGUGGGCCUGGGUCUUGGAUCUCCUUGGCAACCAGACAGAAACCACACAGACCCCCCUUGGGAGAUGGAUACUAAGAUGCCGACAGUGGGGACCAGGGUGUGCGUGUGUGUGUGUGUUCGUGCAUGUGUGACUGUGCGUGUGUGGGUGUAUGUAUGUGUGUGACUGGGUGUGUGUAUAUGUGAGCCUGGCGGGGGGCCAGGGCGAGGACCAGACACGCCCCAAAGUGAGAUCAUAAAAUGUUGA